AGAGGGAAAACCCGCGAAAAAUUAAAUUAUAUACUCAUUAAUAUUUCUCUACUACCUAUGUAUGAGCAGUACCUACAAGACAAUAUAUUCCAAAAUUAGAGAAGUCAAGCCAACCUAAAAACUCAAAGAAUAUUCACUUUAAAGUUUUUCGUAAGUAUUUGAAGAAACAAAUAACAAUUUGAUUGCAAAUUGCCACGGUUUAAAUCAAUUCGCCUAGAGGAAUAGAGUGAAGUGAAUCAAUGUCUCAUCUAAAGUGCUUGUUUAUAGACAAUGUUGGAAAUAUUACAGUGCAUAUUAGGAUUUCUCUAUAUCGGCCGAUACUGUUAUGUACACAGUGAACCUCAUAUGAACUCCUCCCACUACAUCGAUUUUUACGAAUACGGUAAGCAGAAAUUAAUAGAUAUUAUAUCAAACCAUCAGUUGCAUAAUUAAUUAAAAAUUAAGAUAUUUAUAAAAAUGGCCUGGCGAAACCCUUUUUAGCUCACUUUGUUUCCCAUAUGUUUGUCUGUCAAGGCCCUUUUUGGGUACUUCUUUACGUGGAGGUAAAAUAUAAAAUGGGUUUUUCAAACCAUACAGGGCGAGCCAAUCUCCUUACACUGAGGGUUCCGUAAAAUGCUAAAAAUAUUGCAAAGAAAAUUGAUCACCAAUCAAAUCAAGGUGAAUCGACAAUUAAGCCAAAUUAAUGCCCGUGCCAAAGUUGCUUCACCUCUUUUUCACUACCUAUUUAUUGUUGUAGCGGCAGCCUAUAAUAAAUAAGUCAUGUCAAAAUUUUAACUUAAAGAUAUCACAAUUCAAUACAGCCUGGCGACAGACAGGUUUCAAUUUCACUCCUUGAGUCCGGCAAGUGUGUUUAACUCGUGAUUUUUGAUUCACUGUCCGUUGACUAUGAACUAUUAAACUUUGCAAGUAACUUCAUUAUAGACCACAGGCAUGUGUGAAAAAAAAAACGCAAUACAAAGUACGCGAUUCAAUAAUAGAACCAUUUUUAUAAUGAAGUACGUACGGAGCCCUCGGUGGCGAGCCCGACUUGCUCUUGUUUACGUAUAAUUUUGUAAUGUGAGCUUUAUUUUUUAAUUUCUGUUUUAAUUCGCUGUUUUUUCUAUUUCAUAAUCUAAAUUUACUUAUUUUACGUUUAUUCAACUAAAACAUUACUUACACUAAGGUGCCCAUGUCGCUGGAGAGGUAUUGUCGUUCCAAACAACCGGGUAUACAGAACCAUUCGUAGCGGUUCACGUUCAAAAUGUAACGGUAUGUACCUACACAAUGCUUAUCUAUAGAUUAAUUUUGACAACUGUUAAGGAAGUACAGUCAACAGCACAACAGAUAAAUCAAAUCAGAAAUUCAAUACUCAUGAGCAGAAUUCGCGUGAGACCUGUGUGGCGUCGAAGUGAUUCAAAAGUAUGUAAACCAAAUAACCUACUAGCGAGCCCAAUACAACUACGCUAAUUUCUACUUUCUUUACUAUUGGUACAUAAUAUUUCUUUUGUGCUAUACAAAUUUUAUGUAUUUUAGCCUCAAAGACGAGAUGUGGAACAGCGGUACAGUCAUCUAAGAUUGGAAUAUGUCAGCCCUAUGUCAGCGGUAGAGAUUAUCUUUGAUACAAAAGAGUUUUUGAUUACGUUUCACGUAAGAUUUCCUAUAUUUACUAUACCCUAUGGAAUUGUUGGUCAUUCUAUGAAGUUAGCUACAACUCAUACCGGAAUUAAUCAUGUGCGGAACUCAUGUCAUAAGUAAGGAUUAAUACCAUUUAUCAUACUGCGUAAUUACUUGUCUAUUAAAAUAGAAUGUUUUGAAAAAUGCAUGGAUUUUAAUACCCUUUUUCCCUUUUUGGUAACACCUGCACAAUGGGCAAUGGCUAGGCUAAGUCCGCUACGCAAUAUGUAACCGCAUGGUUGGGUUAUAAACAUGACCAUGUUAUAACGUUUUCGCUUAAACGCUAACGCUUAAAAAGGUACUAAGAAUAGGUGGUAGGAGCUUGCGCGGCACUAAAAUACGACAUUUUCAUUUCCAGUGUUAGGUCCUCCCAAAGUACAACUAAAAUGAUUUAUUUAAUUUACAAUCACAUUUACGUGCGUUCGUUUUAAAUAGAAAGAUUUGGAGACUCCACUCCUCGUCGUAAGGUAAAAUACUCAUGAAAAAAAUCAAAAAGACAGGUCUCCAGAGUGUUUUCAUUUGAUGACCACAUUAACUAUUUACCCAAGCCAGGAAUGUCACAGAUCCCUUCAGGGUCUUCUGCAUCUUAUUUUAAGACGAUAAAUGGGACGAAAUGUGCAAAAUACCUACCUACAAAACAAAAGGCGACACUCGGUUCAAUCAAGAACUAUAAUUGCAAUUUUCAUGGUUAAAAUCAAUUAUGUUUUCACUGACAGACAAAUUAGGACUGGUAAAACUGCUUUAGAUACAUCUUCAGACAAGACAAUGAACGAUAAAAUAGUGCUUUUGCCAUUAUUAUUUCUGCUGUUACUUGAGCAUAUACACUGCUACAACUCAACGCAUCGUUUUAUGACUUUUGAAACAGGUAUGCAUAUGGAAGGAGAGGAAAUAGCGUAUACACGCAUGGGUUUUAUCCCACCCUUCACACCACUAUACAUACACAAUAUAACCAUAGCGGAACCCAGAGAAGAUUUGGAAAAAGAAUUUACCUACUUGAGAGUGGAGUACAUAAGCCUUGUGUCGCCAAUAAAAAUAAUAUACAAUGCCACUGAGUCCACGAUUACGUUCCACAUACUGUUUCCAUUUCUCAACAUACCCUUUGGAAUUAUUGGCUACUCUCUAAAUGUGAAUCAUUCCAAAGUUUACAAUCAAUGGAACGAUACCUCUGCAGAGACCAAGAUUACAACCACUUCUUCAACUACCGCUUCCACCACCACUGUUUCUGGAUUCUUGACUGAAGCACCUCUAGCACAACCUUUGCCGUAAACAUAAAU